CCAUCCGUUCCUCAACACUCAACAAUCAUAAGACAUAAUCUUGGCAGAGUCUCAAGGUUUUCAGCUUCCUCAAGUUUUCUAGUCAGUUUCAGAGUUUAAGAGUUCUCAGCUUCUUCAAGUCUUCAAGAUAACUUGUCCUAAUUUCAAGAUGCUACCAUUUUGGGGAAAAGCUCUGGCAGAAAAGACGGGGGAAAAGGUGAUAGAAAAGACGGUAGAGUUCGCAUUAGAAAAUUGCACGGGAAGGAGUCACAUGGACAACGUGCAAUCGCUAAAAAGGAAUUGGCAAGAAUUGAGUUGCAAAGCAUUUGACGUAGAACAAGAAGUCAAUAGGGAAGAAAUGUCAGGUAAAAAGAAAAGGAAAAGUGAAGUUGACAAUUGGUUGAAGGACGUUAAAAAGUUAAGUCCUGAAAUUGAUGCAUUGGAAACAAGAGGAUCAUCUUUGAGGCUUCCACUAAAGGAGGAUCCUGUAGGAAAGCUGCAAUUUCAGGUGAAAGACCUUGUUGAUCAGAGCCGUCAUUUCGAUGGGCUUGUGCUCGAUACUUGUGACAACAUCGGAGAGCCAUGCCUGCCAACCAAAUUGUUUGGAGUAAAGUUCGAUGAAGCUUUGAAGAGAAUUUGGCCAUGCUUGGUGACCGAUGAUAUAUCAAGCAUUGGGAUUUAUGGUAUGGGUGGAGUUGGCAAGACCACACUGGCGAGGCACAUUGAGUACCAUCUUUUAGAAAAGAACAAUUAUCGGGUGCUUUGGGUUACAGUAUCUCAAGACUUCAGUGUCACCAGCUUGCAGGAUAAGAUUGCCAAUGUCUUGGACAUUAAUCUAUCCAGUAGGGACGAGGAAGACGCCAGGGCAAGAAUAUUGCGUGACGCAUUCAGGAAAAUGCUGAAAUUAAUAGUACUCAUAUUGGAUGAUGUUUGGGAAGAAUUUUGUUUAGACAGGGUAGGGAUUCCACUUCAUCCAAACAAGUGCAGAUUGAUUUUGACUACACGCUCACUGGAAGUGUGCAACAGGAUACAAUGUCAAAGAAAGUUUGCUUUGCAAACUCUGGACACAGGCGAAGCUUGGGAUUUGUUCAAGUAUAAACUUGGCAGCGAGCCCUUGCUUCAAGGAGAUUUGGAAAGUAUUGCCAAGUCCAUUGUGGAAGAGUGUGAUGGUUUGCCUCUUGGCAUUAUCACAGUGGCUGGAAGCAUGAGAGGUGUGAGAGACAUUUGUGAGUGGAGAAAUGCAUUGGAACAAUUGAAAACAUGUUCAAUAGGGUAUCAUGAGAUGGAACGAGAUGUGUUUCGCAUCCUGGAAUGGAGUUUCAAUCGCUUGAAUGAAUGCCAAAGGAAUUGCUUCUUGUAUUGCUCUCUUUACCCGGAAGAUAGUAAAUUAAAAAUAAAGGAACUAAUAGACCUCUUUAUUUGGGCAGAGCUGAUGCAAGAACGGAACUCAUGGUCACAAGAAUUUGAUCAAGGUCACACGAUAUUAAACAAACUGAUAAAAGUUUGCUUGCUAGAAGAAACUAGAGAUUAUGAAGGGGAUGACUGUGUGAAGAUGCAUGAUUUGGUCAGAGAUAUGGCAUUAAGAAUCACGGACGGAAAAUCCAACCUACAGAUGAACGGGGAUGUACCACGGUUCUUGGUGAAAAGCAUAGGAAAGGGAAAUUCUAAAGUAACACUGGAACCAAAAAAAUGGACAGAAGAUCUCCAUGCAGUCUCCUUUCAUUCAUUUUCAUAUCCACAACUAGAAAUAAAAGUUCCGCCAGCCUGGUCACCAAAUUGUCCUAAGCUCUCAACCUUGCUUCUUUCUGAUGUUUCCAUAGAAGAAAUCCCAGAUUCAUUCUUUCGGCACAUGUGUGGACUUAAAGUUUUGAAUCUAUCUCGGUGCGAAGGUAUAACAGAGCUGCCUAAUUCUGUUUCAGACUUGGUGAAUCUCACUGCUUUGAUUUUGAAGGAUUGUAGACGCCUCCGAUCUGUGCCACCACUGGGAAAGCUCAAGCAAUUGAGGGAUUUGGACUUAUCAGACACUAAGAUUGAGGAUUUACCUGAGGGUUGGGAGUCACUGGUCAAUCUUGAAAGACUUGACUUGAACCAGUGUCCAAAUUUAAAGAGGCUGCCUCUGUUUCUUUCCACCAUCAACGGGUCACCAUCUCUUCCCAGCACUCUUCAUAAAAUCAGGGGAGAUAAAGAAUGGUGGGAAUCAUUAGAGUGGGACAAUCCUAGUGCCAAAAAUGCCCUUGACCCAUUGUUUUCCACGCUGUGGUGGGAUAAUUGGAGACCACUUGUUUGAUCAAAAUCCUGACUGGUUCUCAUGGUGUACAUGUUUGCAAAUGUUUAAAUUCCAAAUUUCAUAUUGAG